GAUAGUGCUCGUCGCGUUCGGCAAAAGAAGACGACGGCUGAGAUACCAGAAAGAGAAGCAGCAGAAAGAGUGUAUUAAUGGAAACGCCGUUCUUUUAAUGGCUGCCAGAAAAAAAUCUGAUUGAAAUUGCUCUGAAAAAACUUUUUCAAUCAAUGUAAAAUUAUGUUUUGGAUGUGGAAAACAUCCUAAAUAAGAUACAAAUGAAGUGCGCGUCCGAUUGUGAGUGAUUUUCAACAUCCCAGUGACUUCCUUUGAGGUGAAAAAUGGUUUGAAUUAGAUUUUUUCUGUUUCAUUAUUCACGGUCGAUUGGAAUCGUUGUUCUGUGAAAACUGCAUUUCGGAAGAAAAAGGAGAUUGACUUUGGGAAAAUGAUUUGUUGUGUGCCGAGAUAUGAAUGAUAGCUUCCAUUCAGUGAAGAAAAAUACAUUCUGCAGCAUUCCCGUGGAUCGUAGCAAAAUGGUGCCUACGGGAGAGACACUUUCGUUCUUGGUCUAAUUGGGAGUUGGCUCAAAUUUGAGGCCAUAGCACUACAGCAGCAGCAGCAUGUUCCCCGGGACACAAACAAUCAGCCAGGAUAUCUGUGAUAUUUUGAUAAUGUGUGUUCCGAAAAAGUAAUUGUUUGUGCAACAAACUUCAUAAUGGAAAACUCCAAUGCCAAUCAUCCUCCGUCUCAGGGCGGAGAGAUGAAACAGGAUGGCAGCACAACGGGAGCUCCAAUUGUACCAAGCGCGGAUAUUCAUACUGCUCCAACGGCCCCAACGGGAGAUCAAUUGUCAACAUCUAGUUAUCAACAUUACGGUUAUGGAGGUCCGCCCUCAAUGAUGGAUCAUCAUGGCAAAGAUCCGUACUAUCAUGCUGCCGCAGCAGCCGUUGCAUCUCGUCAUUAUGAUCCAUAUUCCAUGCAUUCUCAGUAUAAUCCGUAUCAACAUUCUUCGUAUCAUCAGGCACCAUAUGGAGGGCAUUCCUACCACCAUCAUCAAAACCUAACCAGUUAUCCUCAAACAGGAAGUAGUCAUCAAUCGAUGAUGCCUACAGGUGGCCCUCCAUCCGCUGCCUAUCCAGGGUACCCCAGUCAGGGUCAAAGUACACUAUCAUCAUCCGGUCAACAAACAUCCGGGCCGCCAAUAGCAAGCCUCGAAAAAUCACCAGAUAAAUUGAAAACAAGCGGAAACAAAUCUCCACCAUCAGCCACAGCGCUUCCGCCAGUUCGCGACGACAAGAAUAUGCUAAUUGGACCAAUUUCGGGGGGAGUGGAUACCACUGAUAGUGCAUCUGGGAUUCCUCCUAAGCGUAAAAUUGAAAUAUUGGAUAAUGUGUUAAUUAAAAAAUCAAAGCAAGUAUUGGAGGCGGAGAUCCAAGAGAAAAAAUCUCCCUCAACAGAAACGAGCACAUCAAACAGUUGCGGAGACACCUCCAAAUCUUCCUUUCAAAUCUCUAACCUGAUCGAUGAAAAACCGAAUCCUCCAGAAUCACCCUUACCAGUUCCCGCGUCAAGUACACAAGGGUCAACACCUCCAGUUGAACAGCAAAUUCCACCACAUGAAGGUAAUUCGUCGAAAGAGUCAAAGAAGAAUGAUCCUGUUGAAUCUGAUUCUCUGGUCUUCCAACCUCCGGCUAAACCUGAGGAAACCGAACAACCCAGCGCUACCCAGCAAAUGGAUUUCGACAUUUCUGAGAAAUUGAAGGAAAUGGGCGAAAUCAGCGUUAAACCUGUUUCUAAGAACGAUGCAAAUGCUAGCAAAGCUAAAGAAUUGGAAUGUACCGAAGAAAUUUCACUGGAGAUAACCAAAAAAGAUGCCGCCAUGCGGAAGGUUACAAACCUGAGAAAGAAUAUCAAGGAAGUUAUGGACGAUAAUCAGUUAGAUGCUUCAACUUUGGCUGCCCAACGGCAAGAGUUAGAGCGCUUGGCUCGCGUUCAGGAACAGCAACGAAUUAUUCGUGAAGUUCAGAGGCAAUUGGCUCUUGAACGGCAAACCAAUAAGACCGAACAGAAAGUGAUGCAAUUCUUGCAAGGACAUACAUCUAUCCUGAAGACUCAGCAACCGGGAACAUCGACUCCGGUGAAGGUCGGCUAUGUGAAGAAUCCGUUCGAGACACGUGGCCGACCACCGAAAGCUCGUCCUAUUCAGGGCAAUCUGACACCGUCGGUGAGCAUUGCUCCCGUCAAGACAUCAAGUUCCUCACAUGCGGGCCAAAUUCAACCGAUUUCAGUGCGGUCAUUCGAAGAUAUGGUAGAUAGUGAGGAUGAACUUGACGACGAGGACGAGGAUGAAGAUGACAGUGAGGCGGAAAUCAUUCCUACUCAGGAGAAGAAAGAAAUUGUGACGAUCGACAGCUCAUCGGACGAUGAUUGUAUAGUACUAUCAGAUGACGAUGAAGAACCAGAGGACGAUUCAGAUGAUGAUCCACAAAACAGUGGUUUGCAUGUAAACGAUACAUACAACGUUCCCGAUGACCAGGGACGGGUGGUUAUAAACGUUGGUCACGCUGAGAGUGAGCAGGAUAUAUUCCUUGCGCCGCAAAUUGCCCGUAUCAUCAAGCCUCAUCAAAUUGGCGGAGUUAGAUUUUUGUUCGAUAAUAUUAUUGAAUCUAUUGAACGGUAUGAUACUUCCACCGGAUUUGGUUGCAUUUUGGCUCAUUCGAUGGGCCUUGGAAAAACUUUACAGCUGGUUUGUUUCUGUGAUAUAUUUUUAAGACAUACCAGUUCGAAGACGGUGCUAAUAAUUAUGCCUAUCAAUACAUUGCAGAACUGGCUAAAUGAAUUUAACACAUGGCUUCCGGAAGAUGCGGAGAAUAGCUCAUUGAAAAACCAUGGCGAUGUUCGGCCGAGGUGUUUUAAAAUAUUUAUUCUUAACGAUAGUCACAAAACGCUCAAGUCGAGAACGAAAGUUGUGCUCGAAUGGGCCAAGAACGGUGGUGUCUUGUUGAUUGGCUACGAGAUGUAUCGAUUGCUCAGCCAGAAAAAGAUGACUAAGAAGAAAAAGAAGAAGAAAAAAGGUGAGCAGAUAGUGUUGGAAGAUGAAAAAGAAUCCAUAGAAGAGCAGAAGACCAUGUUCGACGAGAUUCAUGAGGCGUUGGUGAAACCUGGACCGGAUUUGGUUGUUUGUGACGAAGGACACCGAAUAAAGAAUUCUCAUGCGAGUAUUUCUGUAGCACUCAAACAAAUCAAAUCGAAACGAAGGGUAGUGUUGACGGGAUAUCCACUACAGAACAAUUUGCUCGAAUACUGGUGUAUGGUUGAUUUUGUUCGUCCAAAUUAUCUUGGUACUAAGACUGAAUUUAGUAACAUGUUUGAGAGGCCUAUUCAGAACGGCCAGUGUAUCGAUUCUACGCCACAAGAUAUAAAACUGAUGCGUUAUCGAGCACAUGUGUUGCAUUCUUUAUUGCUUGGUUUUGUACAGAGGAGAUCUCAUUCAGUACUGCAAAUAUCGCUUCCACAGAAAGAAGAGUAUGUUCUAUUGAUACGUAUGACAGAGUUCCAACGUAAACUUUACACAAUAUUUAUGAACGAGGUUGUACGAACAAAGGCCGUUCCUAAUCCAUUGAAGGCAUUUGCUGUUUGCUGUAAGAUAUGGAAUCAUCCAGACGUGUUGUAUAACUUCCUGAAACAGAGUGAACGCGAUUUGGAUUUGGAAAUUGAAGAAGUUGAACCACCGCCAGUUUUGAAACCAGAAACCUUACCAGUUCCACCCCCGGUGGUAAUAGCGCCCCCACCAACAGAGGAGAAAAAGGAAGAAAAAGAAAAGAAAAAGCCCGGCAAGAAACCAGCACCCCCGAAACCGCCAAAACCUCUGGCUUUGAAGAAGGAUGGAACUCCUCGAAAACCAAGAACCACUAAGAAGCAGCAAGCUAUGAAAAAGCAAGUUGUGGGGAAAGACGGUAAACUUGUUCCUGCUGCAACGGUUAGUCCUAGUACACUCAACAAAGAUUCAGCAUCAGUAGAAGGUGCUACAGAACCACAAGCUCCCAUAAAAGUCGAAGCUGGUGCUAACGCUACCAAACAAGAGUAUCCCGGAUAUCAACAACAGCAACCACCCCAACAGCAAGGUACGUUCCCUGAAUACCAAGGACAGGGUUAUCAACAGCAAGCACCAACUGGUCCAACCGCUCCUUAUAGCUAUAACCAGAUGAAUCAAGAUCCAAGCAGUUACAACAAUUAUGGAACUCAAUAUGGAUCGAGUGAUCCCUACAAUAGCUAUGGUAAUAAUUAUUAUGGGCGGAAUGACUACAACUAUAACCAGGGUUAUGGAUACGGUUAUGAUCAAAACUAUCAAAACAAUUACAAUGCUGCGAAUACCUAUCAAAAUUCCAAUUAUUGGGGAAACAACUAUUAUCAACAACAGCCAUCCCAAAAUAACAACUAUAACAAUAACUACUAUGGCAAUGGUACGAAUGAAUACGGUUAUCCCGAUCAACAACAACAACAACAACAACAACAACAACAGCAACAACACAAUCAAACUCAACAGAUGCAGCAACAAGACUAUCAUCAACAGUACGGGACUAUUCCCCAGCAUGAGCAGAAAUGGGAUCCCCAUCAAACUGUGCCAGUUAAUCUGCCGUCUCAAACGAUUGAUCCGAUGUACCCGGCGCAACCGACAGAUCCUGCUGUUACCCAACAGCAGGCGAAUGCCCAAUACGCUGAUCAACCAUCGUUGGAGGAUCUGAAGGAACCCACAAAAUCGGAGGAGAUAAAGGAGGAGAAGCCUGCGGAGAUUGUCGAUAUGGACACUAAAAUUAUCAGCAAGGUAGAAGAUAUCAAGGAGGAAAUCAAGACCGAAAUUAAAGUGGAAGUUAAAACCGAGUCAAGCGAUGGUCAGGGGAUGAAUAUCAAAAUGGAAACCAUGGAAACUAAAGUGGAGGAAAAAUUGGAGAAAACAAUUAAAGAAGAAUUGGAAGAAGAGGAAGAGAAGAAACAUAUAGAUGAUAAAUCGAUAAAAAAGGAAGAGAACGAUGCUGAAAGUGGAUCUCCAAGUAUCAAAGAAGAGGUAGAUGAAAAUAAAUUGAAAGAUGAACUGCUAAAAAUUGAGGAUGAGUUUAAAGCUAAAGAAACUUCGAAAGACGGUGGUAAAGAGACUAAGGUCAAAGACAAGGACGAGAUUCCUUACGAAUGGGCCUUUGAGCUAAUGAAAGGUUACAUACCCGACCUAAUGGAGAGCUCUCCAAAGAUGGAAAUAUUUUUCUACAUUCUGGAAGAGAGUAUCAAGCUUGGUGAUCGGAUGCUGGUAUUCAGUCAGAGUUUGCUAACGCUCAAUCUUAUUGAGAGAUUUCUACAGAAAAACAGAAUUCCAGGAUCGGAGAAUCACUGGGCCAAGAAUACGAACUAUUACCGUCUGGAUGGGUCUACUACGGCACAGGAACGAGAAAAACUCAUCAAUGAGUUCAAUUCUAAUCCCAACAUUCAUCUAUUUCUGGUAUCGACCCGCGCUGGUUCGUUGGGUAUCAAUCUGGUUGGUGCGAAUCGGGUGGUUGUAUUCGAUGCUAGCUGGAAUCCAUGCCACGACACGCAAGCCGUCUGUCGGGUGUAUCGGUAUGGGCAGAAGAAACCGUGCUUCGUUUAUCGCUUGGUAAUGGACAAUUGUUUAGAAAAGAAAAUUUACGAUCGACAAAUUAACAAGCAAGGUAUGAGCGAUCGAAUAGUGGACGAAUGCAAUCCUGAUGCGCACUUGUCGAUGAAAGAAGUAACCAGUCUUUGUUAUGACGACGGCGAAGAAAGUGAGAUGAAAGAUUUCAGUGAUGAAAAAGAUAAAUAUAUUGACGUCGUCAUGCAGCAUUUACUGGAGUUGUAUUCGAAAAAACUAACCAAGCCGCCAUUUGCCCACGAAAGUUUACUUAUUGAUAGAAAGGAAAAAAAGCUUUCUUCGGCUGAAAAGAGGCAAGCCCAAAGAGGAUAUGAAUUGGAGAAACAAGCGGCUACUAAGCCAAGCUAUUCAUACACUUCGAUGGGAACCACAUACAGAGCGAUACGCACACCAGACGGAUCAAUUAUCCAUCGACCAGUGGCUUCGGUUCGACCAAUGCAGUCUGGUGACGCUGGGAAAAACACAAUAGGUGGAAACAGACCUACGAGGUGGAUUCCAGCCGAAGUUUGGCAACGACAGGGAAUGACAGCACAAGAAAUGACACUACCAAUUGAUGUCGUGAUUCCCACCAGUUCUGCGGACAAAUCUAACAUUGUUCUCAAGGCAGGUCAGAAGGUUAUGGUUCUAAAAUCACCGAAGGGAAUUUACAUGCAGCUAGAGACUGGUAAAAUAAUCGCUAUCCGAACAGCUUUCAAGGUUAGUCAGAACAAAGACGCGGUUGCGAAAGGUGGAAUGGUAUCAUCUGUCGCUACAGGUGGAAGAAGAGCAAGCUGUUCUUCCACGGCGACGAAAGCAUCACCUGUUGCUGCCUCAAAGGUGGGCGGUGAUUGCUCGGAAGGAAAUUCACUCAGUAUACCGUCCAAUUCGGAAGAUGAAGAUAAAUCCAAUUCGAGUAUAGUACCACUUGAUCAGGAUAGCGAGAAGGAUUUGAUGAGUGUGGAUGAUUAUCCCGAAAAGGGGGAAAUCAUUGAAUGUGAUUUAAAGAAUGAUGACUUGGAGGAAGGCGAAAUUAGGGAUGGUAUGAUAGGAUGUAGAAAAACUGUUUCUAGCGCAAGUUCUUCGUAUUCGGAGGUUGUUGUAGAACCCAUCGGAGAGCGUAGUUCCAAAUUCCCAAUGAUUCAAUCUGCUUACUCGUUGGCUCCACAACAACAGAGUUCAAGUCUAUCGAACUAUCCUCAUACUGCAAAUCAAUCACGAGUUUCUAGCCAACAAAAACCACAGCCGGCCACAGUAACUAUAGAAGAUGAAAUACCUCCUCUCAGGGAGAAAAUUGUAUAUAAACCAAAUCUCGUUGAACGAAAAUCGAAAGUUCCGCCAUCUUCGCUUAAAAACUACAGGCACAAAGCUGGUAAGGCACCGGAAACAUCCACAGUAACAUGUGCUACAAAAGGAAACAGUGGUGCUAACAGUUCACCCAGUAUUUUACCGAUAUCAGUUGCGUCUCACGUAACGCCUACAACUGAAACGCAUCGUACAAACGUUGGAGCGCAUCAAGCACCUGCAAAAACUGUGCCAGAAACGCAGCAAUAUAGUAGUGUCAAUCGUCAGCUUUCUCCCAACCAACUACAGCAACCAAUCAUUCAGCAACCGUAUCAACAGUCAUCAACCAACCCCGCAAAUCCAAUGUCUGCUGUACAGCUUCAGCAAUCAGCGUACAGUGUGCCAAAUUCUUCUACUGCCUCUGUCAAGAGUCCAAUCCUGCAUCAACCACAGCACAUGCAUUUGUCAUCAUAUGGAACGAACAAACAUCAACAACAGAGCUCUCACAACCAACAAUCUUCCUGGCAUCCAUACACCGGGACUGGCUCAUUCGGUUACUAUGGCCAACAAUCUCAUGUUCCUCCUCCGCCCCCACCAUCUCAGUACGAAUCGAGUCUUAACUUCUUAGAGAAGACGACUUCCGCUCUUAUUAACAAUCAAAACCAGAGUGAAUUCCAGACAUCAUUAAGCAACAUUACCCGGUCUCCUACUCCCACCGAAAGCUUCAUGGAGUGUCAACCGAAAGCCAGUGCACCUGGGAAGAAAAACGCUGCCAAAAAACCACCUAAACAGCCUAAAAAUGAUUAUAACGCUGCCAAAAAAGCAUUGAACAAGCGCAAUAAUCCUUCACCGUAUCACACGGUAUCAUCGUCCUCCGCUUCCUCAUCUCCUUCACCCUCACCUGCUGUUAUGAAUCACAGUCAAAGCAGUAACAGCAGUUCCCUCAGUGGAACUGGCACACCAGCAGGCAGCAGUAUUAAUUUGCAGCAAUCCGUAGGAUCGAACUCUGGAAACUAUACUAGUUAUCCGCCGAUAUCAUCCGCUAACAAUGCAGUACCGAAUUAUUACGAUCAGUAUUCACAAGUUCCGCCAUCGGUGAUACCAGAGACAGCUACCGCACAGACAGCUGGGAUGUACAACAGCCAAAGCCCAGCUGUAUCACAGCAACCACCUUACGGAGGACAUCCUGUCUCAUCCUACGGGGGUUCAUCAUAUACAUCUAGCAACAACACAACUGCACCUGUGAAUCGUUCCAACCACUAUCAAUCAUCAGUUGCUACGACAAUGUCCUCUUCUACAGUUCCAACUGAUUCAUCAAAUUAUUACCAUCAUCAGCAGUCAACAGUGCCACCGCAACCGCACUCUCAGAACAACCCGCAGGCUUACCAGCAGCAGCAGGUGAGAAGCCAUUCUCGUGGGUCUGCAGCGAAUAGUUACAUUCCUCCGCAUUCAGCCUCAAUCCAACAACAUCAGCAGAAUCCACAACAGCCCUAUUCCCAAGGUUAUACAGCUACCCCAACGACGCUGAACUCAAUUGAUCCGGCAUCUAAUUAUCAGCAACAAAAUCCAGCGAGUACAUCCUAUUCAUCCUACACUGCUACUUCUACCACUAAUGCACCCUCCGUAACUAGUUCCCCUUCUGCCACAACACAAACUGUAAGUUCCAAUGGUUCAGCCUUUCAUAGACCUGAAAGCGCUGUCAAUCCUGGCGGACCAGUACCUGUUCACAAUGCUGGAACAGGAGGCAACUUCGACACCCCCCCAACUUACAUCCCGGAAGGUGGUACUAACCCAUACCAGUAUCCUUAUCAGGCGGCUUCUCAGUACCAAACACAGGGCUACUAUCCACCUCCAACAUAUCCUUACUAUCCUUCAUCGGGUGCACCUUACCCUUCAACCGAUUCUCAGUAUCAUACUUAUCCACCUCCACCACCGCCUCCCUCUAACUACAAUUAUCCACCCUAUCCUAGUCAACCCGGUGUUGGACAAUGGCAGUAAGAGAAACAAAGAAUCUACUCUUUGUGGUCUGCUCUCUACGGAUGAUAUUUUUUUAAAAUGUUAUAUAUAGUAUCUGUUUAUAUAGUAUAUGUUUAUAUUGUUUUUUUCUUCAUCUCUCUGUCGAUGUUUAUUAUUUUUGCGAAUAGGAACACAAUAAAUGUGUUCAACGCGUUCCUGGAAAAUAGAAAAAGUUAAAAAUGUAAAGUUAUUUGAAAAUAUUUGAAACACAGAGAAGCUUCCGGACCAUCCGUAAAAAUCAUAAACAACGUUUUGGUAUUUGAGGAUAUAUUAUAUUAGUCACUCGUUGAAAUAUUGAGUGAAGAACAAAGUCAUCUGCUGUAAAUGUUGCGUAAAUUAAAAUUCACAAUGGAAUGUUUCGAUAUCACCUUUUUAUUUGUUAAAGUAAGUUAUAUGUAUGUAGCAAUUCAAGAAAUGCCGUCAAGUUGAAGUGCCGAAAAAUGUUUUCUGUAAAGCGAUUUUGUGACAGACUAUUGAAGAAUAUUUGACUGUUGGCGAGGAUUUUGUUAUUACGUUAGUCGGAGCUAAAUCGUGUCUGUUCUACCAAUUUUUCAACCAGUGUUUAAUAACAUAUAUACUCGAAACUUAAAGUAGCUUAGCUUCUCGAACUCCAAAUCAACACGAUUAAUUAUUUUCGACUGAAUUUUCUUCCGUUUCAUGGUUUCAAAUAUUCUUCUAAAGAAGCACGAGAAGAUUCUAUCUCUCUAUCUUCGCACAGUGCAAUGCAUUUUUGUUGAAUCUGAUUUGUAAAAGUGAGUUUUAUUUACAAUUGUUUUAGGUUUUAUAUAUAUUUAUAUUUAAACAAAGGAAUAUUAAGCAUCGUCACUCGUGCUAGCAAUUUAAGCACCCUAAAUAACUAGAAGACUUUACUAUACCAUAGUGUUUGAAAACAAAAUUUGUCGAUGGAGUUUCAGCUAGAUGGAAUACCUUCAUAAUGAAUGAAGUCUAGAAUUCUAGAUUGCUUCUUGCGUAUCGUAAAUGGUAUGUUUUCGCGAAACAAGCAAAAUACAAAAGUGAACAUUAGAAUGAAAUCACAUUUUAGGAACAGUAAAUGUUUUAAUCGAGAACACAUUUUACACCUAUCCGUAAUAGCAUCAGAAAAAUGGCCUGUAGAAAUUUGUAAUUUAUUAUCCAGAGUCUCUUUUGAAAUUAUUGAAAAGAGGACGAAAAUGAAAAGCGAGGAUUGAAGCAAAGCAUUUAAAUAUCUUUUAGAAUAUAAAAUGGUAGAAUAGAUAUUUUGAGGACUGUGACAGAAUGUUAUCUGAAAUGUCGUUUGAAAUCAUACUCUAAAAUUAAUUAUAAAUUAUGACUUCAUUUUAUUCGCUAGCGUAACGACAACUCGGUUCCAAUCUUGAAGGCGAUUAACUUGUGUAGUAUACAUCUGUAAAGCUUUGGGUCCCAGUUCUCCUCAUGUAAAAAUAUAUGUUUUAGAAAUGAUCCAUUCGCUCGCAUUAGUUUUCUUUUAUAAUGGUUCUUGAAGAAUAAACAGGAUUUUUCAAUUUCUGUCGCGUUCAUGUUUCGUUUAGAUAAAUUCGUUCGACUAGUAGUUUUGUAAAAAAAAAAUAAAGUUAAGUAAACUUGAGGUUUAAAUCAAUUUCCAUUUCAUAUGCCGCACGCGUCAGCGAAAUUUUAUAGGUAUUAUUAAAAUAAUAAUAAUUAUUCAAUGUUUAAAACAUUAAAUGAAACAUGGAAGAAAUGUGACAAUGCUUUGAAGAACGCAGUUUCUGUCUUCAAGAAAUUGCGUAUAAUAUGGUAGCAAGUGGUAUGAUUAUUUCAAUCAGAACAGUAUAAUUAUCAACUACAGUAAUACAAUUAACACGAUACUAGAGUAAUGUAUGAAGCGUAAUACAAAGUAUUUGAAGAAAUUA